AUGGCGGCCAAGGAAAUUUCGGUGCUGUUCGUGAUGGCUGUCGUCGGAGGCUUAAGAUACCGUUUUGCCGCGAAGAGGCAGUCCAUCGGGGGCAGCGUAUUCAACCGAACACCAUGCUAUCGAUUGGCCGUAGUUUUCGUGCUCAAAUCAUCGGCAUCGGCUCAUUUGUUGUUGGCAACAUUUCUCGCAGCUGUUACCGGCUUGGUCCUUAUGAGGGCACGGAGGCAAUCGGAGGUGCUCUCUUACUCACGCGACGUGUGGGAGGAGUGGGAGCUGAGAGGCGCGGUGUUCUUGAGCCUCGCCCUCCAAAUCGUCCUCAUUUGUCUCGGCAACUGCCGCAAGCACAUCCGUUGGGCUUGGAUCAGGGUGCUCACCUGGUUGGCCUAUCUAUCAGCUGAUUCAGUUGCGAUUUACGCGCUUGGCAUGAUCUCCAAUAUGAUCUCAAAAGUCAAGAACGACGGAUCGGUGAGCAAGAUGGACCCGCACGUGGAGCUAAGCGCGUUCUGGGCUCCGUUUCUGCUGCUGCACUUGGGGGGCCCUGACACCAUUAGUGCCUACGCGAUGGAAGAUAACGAGCUCUGGCUCAGGCACUCACUGACGCUGGUGAACCAGACAGGCAUGACAGUUUAUGUCUUGGCAAUGGCGUGGACUUAUCCUAGCCUAUCAUUUCCCGCCGUUUUGAUACUGCUCCUGGGUUUCUAUAAGUACGGCGAGAGGGUUUGGGUCCUUCGCGCCGCCAGCAAUGAGCACUUCAAGGACUCCCUCACCAAAUCCCAACCUCACCAGAAGUAUUCCAACAAGAUUGUGGAGGAAUGUGAGUUGAAGCGGGCCGAGGGGUACAACUUCGUGCCUCAUCAUGUCAUUAAGGUACGAGAUGAUGCAGCAAUUAUGAUCGAUGGUGCGAUACAACAUUUUUCAUCUGAGUACGAGGACGCUGUGGGCACACUGCUAGCUGCCAGCAACUUGGUCGACACUACUCAGCGCCUUUUUGCAAAUCACUUGUUCAGCUUGGAGGAACGCGAAACUUACCUAUCGAUACUGAAGGGCAGGGGAUGGGAUUUCAAAAUCAUUGAAAUCGAACUCGGCCUCAUCUACGACUUGUUCUACUCAAAGGCGAAGGCGGUCUAUACAAGUUGGGGGUUUAUUUGUAGACUCGCCAUCUCAUUCUCGAUCUGUGGCGCCCUGGCUGCCUGUUGGCUCAUAAUGAACAAGCAAUCCGCCAUUAUUCAUUUCAUCAACCGAAUCCAACCGCUAACAAAGAGGCGCAGGUGGUCCAAUUCCAUGGGCCAACACAGCCUAAAGAGAUUGUUCUCCAACCGAAAUGACUCCCGCUGGUGGAGACUCCUAAAGCAAUUGUGCGUCGAUGAGAUGGUGGUGAAGUUUCACUGCCAAGACUGCAAGGACGUGACAGAAAAUGUCAGAGAACUAAUUCUGUUGAAAAUCCAAAAGAAAAAUACUAUGGCUUCGCAGAAACUCUCCUCCUCGUGGAUCGACUGGCAAAGCUUCAAAUUAAGCACACAAAAGUUGCUGGAACAGUUGAAAUGGAGCAUCGAGCUGGACUUCGACAUGAGCAUCCUAGUCUGGCAUAUAGCAACGCAGCUCUGCAGUGAGACUUCGACUUUAGAGGACAAGUCCUUUACGACUUUAGAGGACAAGUCCUUUACCACGAGUUUGCACUUGUCUCAGUACAUGCUAUAUCUCCUAGUUAUGCAUCCGUCAAUGUUACCGGAGGACAAAGUCAAGUAUGUGCAGGUCAUUGCAAGCCGGCUUGCAUCGGAGAUCGACCGUCUCUUGCCCAAAGAGACAAAAUGGGAAGUAAUUAGCGAGGUGUGGGCAGACAUGCUGAUCUACGCGGCUAACAAUUGCAAAGCGAGUGAUCAUGCUCAGCAGAUGCGGCGGGGUGGCGAGCUCAUAACCCAUGUCUGGUUUCUGAUGGCUCAUUACGGGCUGACAGACCACUUCCAGAUACAGCCCGUCCCGGAAAUUGCAGAGAUAAUAGUGAAUUCCUGGUGA